CUCUUUUUAGUGCGGCGUCGUUGCUAUGACAGCCAAACAGCAGCCUCGGUCCAAGCUGCGCUGAUGCCGAAGCUGCUUCUAUCGCCAGUGCCGGAGCAAGAGAACGACGUCGGGGGUCAGUGGCCCGGCAGCAGCAGCUCUUCUUUCGAUGUCAGUCAGAGCGGCAGCAGCAGCUCCCCGGACUCUGCUGAGGGGCGAAAGGCUAGUCCACAGUAUGUUGCUGAACCCCAGGAAGGUGAAAGCUAUCAUGUGGAGAAAGCAGAAGAUGAUUUGGAAGAGGGUGGAUGUGAAGAAGAGACAAAAGAAGUUGUUGAAAGCGAGGAAGAGUGGGAUACAGACCUAGAAAUGGAAGAUUCUAAGAAGGUUUAUGAUCCGUCAGGAAAAGCCAAAUACCUUGAGAUCUGCCAAACAUAUGGUGUCACUCCUGUCUCUUAUUUUAUACGGCACAUGAAAGAUUCUGAGCUGUCUCUGAUGCACCAUGGCCUUGGCCCAAAGGGGGCCAAAGCUGUGGCUCUUUCUCUUGCAAGCAAUACAUCUGUUGUGAAGUUAAAUUUAAGCGACAAUUGGCUAAAUGGAGAUGGGACAGCUGCAGUGGCAGAGAUGUUAAAGGAAAAUUGCUACAUUUCAGAUGUAGAUUUAUCAGAGAACAGGCUGGGGGUGAAAGGGGCCAAGGCCCUGUCUGCUAUGCUUCAGGAAAAUGCCAUGCUAGUGACCCUGAAACUCUCAGGAAAUGAAUUAAAUGACCAAGCGGCCAAAUAUCUAGCUGAUGCGCUCUUGACCAACAAUAAACUGGAAUCUCUUGAUCUAAGCCAUAAUGCCUUCGGGGAGUCAGCUGGUGAGGUACUUGGAGCAGCAAUAGCAGAAAAUGCUGGCAUGAAAGAGCUCAAUCUCAGCUGGAACUGCUUCCGGGGUCAUGGUGCCAUUGCUGUUGCCAAAGGUUUGAAGGCAAACAUAUUCCUUCAGGUGUUGGAUCUCUCCUACAAUGGCUUUGGUGACAAGGGAGCUGCUGCCUUGGGUGAGGCCCUGAAAAUCAACAAUGUGCUGGAAGAACUUAAUGUUGGCAAUAAUCGCAUUUCACUGGAAGGAGCCCUUUGCCUUGCUCUGGGCCUGAAAGAAAACAAGACUCUCAGGUGCCUCAGCGUGGCCAGAAACCCCAUACAGAGUGAAGGCUGCAUUAGGAUUCUGAAAUCCAUCCAAGCAAAUCCUGGUGCUGUCUUAGAAGUUCUGGAUUUUUCAGAGAUUGUAUUGAAGCAGGAUUUCACAGGCCUGUGUGAUGCUGUCCAGGAAACCUUUCCAGGCCUCCAGAUCAAACACGAUGGGACCAGACCCUCGUUCAGAGCAAACCAGUCCAAGAUGUGAACCCCUUCUUGGGGUCAUGGAAGGUGAAGAGGCUGCUUAAACGGCAUCUGAGAAGCCUCCAUGCCUCUUAACCACUCACGUUGCACAGUCACCUCUGAUCAAGAUGUUCUUGCAGGUUUUUAGUCUAUUGGAAAGCUGC